CCCCCUUCCCCUUUCCUACUGCACACUCUCCAGCCAGUCAGUCAGACCCUAAUUGUGUGAGUGUGUGUUUGCAUGUGUUCCCUCAAACGUAUAAGAAAGUUGUCUUUUGUCUUGGCCGGAAAAUUGGAAGUAGCCGAGGGAAGAGUUCUGUGCGGGGAAAAAAAAGAAAUUGCUAUCAUGUGGCAUUGGUGGAUGUCCUUUUUCUUGGCCUUGGUUUCCAUGGCAAUCCCAACAAUCAGCCAAAGUGGGGACGGCGAUUAUGGAUCAGGCUUUGACAUUUACCCCUCGAUCACCGCCACUGAUGGUCCAUUGCAAUCCGUCGCUGAUGAGCCUGCGAGGGUGAAAAAUAACCCAGUGUCCCCCGAUGUUUCCUCUUCACCACUGCACCAGCAGACGUGUGCAGUCCACUUCAGCACCAGCGACGUCUCAGCCCGGAAGCUGAAGGCCCAGCGAGAGGAGCUGGCCUACCUGCAGGCAAUGCAGCACGCCAACAAGGCGGUGAUGGAGAACCUGGUGCAGUAUGUCGGGGCCGAGGUGGGACACGAGAGCUACGAGGAGGUGAUCCAAGCCAACAUGGUGGGUAUCCUGGAGGACCACAAGAGCUGUCUGGAGGUGACGGAGAAGGCAGAGGAAGACCUGAAGAAGCAGCUGCAAGGCAACGUACUUGACACGCUCGCUGGAAUGCAGAAAAUCCAUGACGAGUCUUUGGCUUUUGAGGACAUGCUCCGGGCGGCGUUUGACAUGGCCAAGCGCCUAGAGAGCUUGUCACAGACCCUUCACGCUUCAUUCACCAAGCAGUUGAGAGACACGGUCAAAGUCCACGGCUAAGACUUGGAGACUAUUCUGUUUCCUUCAUUGGAUUGUGAUCACUGACUCAGCUGGCUGGGAGUCAAUGUAUAGAAUUGUGGAAUGAAGCCAUCCAUCCAUCCAUCUUCCAUUACAGUAUUAUGCAGGUGGUAUAAGGUUGAGGUGUCUAAGGGUCAUAAUGGCCCUGCUCAUCUUCUCCAGAGGACUCCGACUGCCCCCAGACAUGACGACAAACCGAUUGUUUUAAUGCAUUCUAAAUAUUAAAUAAACGUAAAAAAAAAGUCUGCUUACACCGUAGCAAAUGAGAGUUCCACUUUUCCGCCCAUAAAAUCCGAUAAAUAACCGUUUAAAAAGCGCUAACAUUACUCAAUUUACAUUUUGUGACUUGAAUUUUAACCAAGUAUAAGUAAAAUUGUUAUUAUUGUAACGCCGGUUCGGCAUCGUGGUACCGGGUUCGAUUCCCUCGAGGAUGCGUCAAACGAAGAACACAACAAAGGUAAGAUCUAACAAAUGUAUUAACAAAAAGUGAGCUCUGAACAAAAACACUGGAGUUAAUAAAAAGGGAAACAAAAGACGCUAGCGUGAAAGCUAGGAAAUAUAAAGAACUAAGAUUUGGCACGAUGGCACAAAAAAUGAAAACAAAGAUGAUUAGCAUGUGAUCUAAAGAUGACAACAAAGUGGCUUAGCUAAUGAGCUAGCGAGAAAAACAUACCUGACGUUACUUGUUGCAUGUGAGCAAAUUAGAGUCCCAGAAAGAAUAAACAGAAGAGGCUGGCUUAUAAAGGGAAGGUAAUUAGCAGAGAACAGGUGUGCAGGAACCGGGAGUAACAGCUGAAACUAAUAAGUUACCAUGGUGAUGGACUAAACGGGAAAUAAACGGAUCAGACGGAGAAUGAGAACAAAGAUGGAAAAAUAAACAAUAAUAUUUGAAGAUCCGAGACACGGAUCGCAACAAUUAUAAGUGCUAACGCAGAUUAUUUACAACGGCACAGUGAUCACAAGGGUUGUCCCAUUACCAAUAUUUUGGUACCGGUACCGAAAUUUAUUUUAAUACUUUUCUAAAUAAAGGGGACCAAGAAAAGUGGCAUUAUUGGCUGUAUUUUAACAUAAAUUCUUGCGAUACAUUAAACACAUGGUUCGUAUUCCUACUUUUUCCUUAAAUAAAAUAUUCAACAUACAACACAACUUUUCUUUUAUUAGUAAGUAAGCAAACAAAAGCUCCUAAUUGGUCUACUGACGUAUGCGUAACAUAUUGUGUCAUUUAUCAUUCUGUUAUUGUGUCAAAACUGCUAAGGACAAUCUGUAGAAAAUGAAUUAUUAAUGUACUUGUUAAUUUACUUUUAACAUCUGGUUAUUUUCUCUUUUAACAUGUUCUAUUUACACUUCUGUUAAAAUGUAAUAAUCACUUAUUAUUCUGUUGUUUAGAUAUCUUACGUUUUGGAUGAUACCACAAGUUACAGGAUCAUACAUUGUUGGUAUUCAAAGUCCUCAUGUGUCCAGAGACAUACUUCCUGCGUUUAUAAUCUUAAUGAGAAUUUAAAAAAAAGGAAAAAAAAGAUUCUGUGAUUGUAAAAAAUAUCGAUGUAAUCAUCGUAGUAUUGACUAGAUACGCUCUUGUACUUGGUAUUACAGUGGAUGUCAGGUGUAGAUCCGUCCAUGGCGUUAGUUUACAUUGUGCCGUAGGAGGCUUCAGUUUGUAGUGAAGCAUCUUUAGCUAUUUCUCAUCCUGCAGGGAUUAUACUUGUAAGAAACGUACUUUAUUAGUCGCCAUGGAGGCGAGGAUUAGUGAUUUAGAAGUAAAGAAAACUCUGCAGACUGCGGAUGGACCUUAGCCGCUAGCUAGUUAGCCAUGUUUUAAAGCACCUCGUCCUGAAGGUGUUUCCUUUAUCUUUAGUUUUUAGGCCAAAAUGCGUCAAUUCUUCCUUUUCUGUCUACAGACUGUGUGUACUCCGUAAGUACUCCGUGUGUGUGCAUUGCCAAACAUGCUUUUCUGCUCGACAGUGUGCCGUUAUGCCCAUUAAAAAAAAAAAAAAAAAUGAGAACGGGUACCUUUUUAGCGGUAUAGUACAUAAGUAUCGUGGUACUUUACUAAUAUCGGUAUACUGUACAACCCUGGUGCCUACAUUUACAUCAUCGAGUGGUCUGCUGCUUCCUCGCUUCCUUGCUCCCUGUAAGUGUAUUGUAGAUCAUAAAUCGUGGCUCUCGCCUGAAAAAUAGAUGGCUGAGAUUAUAAUUUGACAAACUGGGACACAUUGACAGCCUUUUAAGACCUGGAACUGGCAAACACAACACACAAAAGCUUGUUUAUUUUGUCAUAAUGUAGUCUUUUAAGUUUCUCGUGAAGGUACAAUGUGUUGUGGACUAUAAUUCGUAUAUUAUUAUCCAUCCAUCCAUUUUUUCCUGCUUGUCCCUCUCAGGAUCGCGGGGGUUGCUGAAGCCUAUCUCAGCUGCACUUGGGCACUAUUAUAUAAUAUCAUUUUUUUAUAUUUAAUAUGUGUAUCAUUUAAUUUAUGAUAAUUUACAACUUAAUUCUUGUAAUAUUUUAACAAAAUACUUGGUCGUUUGACAACUUGACAACUUGACGUAUGGCAGCAAAGAUUAAGCAUUUAUUUUUGUAAAAUAGCAAUAUCUUCUUGUAAAGUUACAACUAUUUCUUGUACUAUUUAAACAUAUUGAACUAACAUUACGACUCUCCAACACUUGUUACAAUAUGAAAACUUAAAUUGUAUUUUCCUUUUUUACAUUAGGAGAACUUUACCCUUUCAAAAUUGCAUAUUUGGUCUUGUAAAAUUAAGACUUUCAAAUUACGAACUUAUAUUUAAAAUUAAAACUUUAUUUCUGCUAAAUGAAACAUUAUAUACUGUAUAUGAAGUUACAACUCCAUCGUGACGAUCUGUCACAUUCAAGUCGGGUUGUGUUUCAUGGGUUGGUCUUUAAUUCCUGUCAAUGCUCUUAUUUUGGCUCCAUUUCCUGCUUUUCUCCCUGCGCACUGUUUUCUCUCACCUCAGGCUGAUUGGCAGCCUGACCAUACCUGUUGUCGAUCAGUUGCCUACUAGCUAUGCCUUCUGUGCCCUCCAGUCAGGGCUCGAUGAUUGAUUUCCCGGUAUCCUGUUUGCUGUCACCUAUUAUCCUGGUUCCUGUUUUCCCUGCAUUUCCUUUUGACAUUAAAUUCAUAUUUUCCUGCGCUUAGCCUGCCAUCUCUGCAUCUUGGCGUUCGCUACCAACAGCAAUUCCUGACAUCUAUUGCUGUAAAAUUACAUCUUUCCUUUUCGAAAUGACAACUUCAUCCUUGCAAAUUUACAAGGCUAGGCUUGCAACAUUCUAAUUUUAUGUUUGUAAAAUUGCAACUUUAUUUAUGUAAAUUUACAAUUUUAUUAUUGUAAAAAUUCGACUUUGUUCUUACAAAAUCCCAACUUUAUCAUCGUAAAAUUACAACUUCAUCCUUGUAAAUUUAUAGCUUCAGUCGUAAAAGUUUCGUAAAUAAUUUGUUCAGGUAAAUUGUACCUGCCUGACCAUGCCAAUAAAAAAAAUACCAAUAUCAUGUUUGUAAAGAUAAGUCAUUUAGUUUACAGGUCUUGAAUUGGAUGUCAAUAGAUUGUGCAGAUGUACCUAAUGUACUAAUGUACCUAAAAAAGUGACUGUAUGUACCGUAUUUUUCUGAUUAUAAGGCGCACUUACAAACCCCGUUUCCAUAUGAGUUGGGAAAAUGUGUUGGAUGUAAAUAUAAACAAAAUACAAUGAUUUUCAAAUCCUUUUCAACCCAUAUUCAAUUGAAUGCACUACAAAGACAAGAUAUUUCAUGUUCAAACUGAUCAACUUUUUUUUUUUUUUGCAAAUAAUAAUUAACUUAGAAUUCCAUGGCUGCAACAAGUGCCAAAGUAGUUGGGAAAGGACAUGUUUACCACUGUGUUUCAUCACCUUUUCUUUUAACAACACU